UUACUCUAUGGCAGAGAAAGGUGAGUAAUCAAUUGAGGUUAGGUUUUGUCAAAGAAGAAGUCUCGCAGCUAAAUCAAAACAUUGAACAUCUACGAAAAUGGUGUGCGAUAAUUGCCAGAAGAAAUUGGGCAAGGUGAUAACGCCAGAUCCGUGGAAAAGCGGAGCUCGGAACACGACCGAGUCGGGUGGCCGUCGAGUGAACGAAAACAAGGCCCUAACGUCGAGUAAAAAUAGGUUUAAUCCGUACACGAAACAAUUCGAGGUGUGCAGGAUAUGUAAACAGAAAGUACACCAGAUCGGCUCGCACUAUUGCCAGUCUUGCGCCUAUAAAAAAGGGAUAUGUGCGAUGUGCGGCAAGAAAAUGAUGAGUACAAAGAAUUACAAGCAAUCGUCGGCUUAAAGUGGACAUAUUUCGAUUUUGUAAAUAAUUUUAUUGUAAUAUGUAAAGGUUAUUUCAUCUUGUGCACUACAGGAGCGUUAUGUGUAGUGCAAUAAUUGUAAAUUAUUAAGAUUAGGAAUGUAUAAGUAAAGUUUAUUUUUUCCAAAGAA